AUGGAUUGGAGACAAUAUGUCAUGUCGUUUUGGAAUGAUUAUCAAUUGAUGGUUAAUAUGCAAUUGGCUAUGUAUCAAAUGUUAACGAAAGUUUCAGCGAGUCCAACAAAUAUGAUACAAAAUAAUUCAUCAUGUCGAAUCGAUAGUUCGAUAAAGAAUGAAUCAAUUGUGAAUAAUUGCCAUCCAUUAUUAAAAAAUCAUCCAAAACCUCUAAAACGUCUUGUUAAUAAACGACAACGAUUGGAAAGAAACAUAGCGACUAGUAGUAGUGGAACAACAUCGUCUAGUAGUGCAGUCAUGCCGGCGUCAUCAGAAAAUCCACCAAUAAUUCCACGGGAUGCAUUCGCUAUACGUAAUAGUGAUUAUGAAGAACUUGAUCAUCGUCCAAUAUCGCGUGCAAUCAUGUCUGCUUAUUUAUCUACACGUCGACAUCGGACUGUAACAAUAUUUCAUGCUAAAGUUGCACAAAAAUCUUAUGGAAAUGAAAAACGAUUUUUUUGUCCACCACCAUGUGUUUAUCUAUCGGGUGAUGGUUGGAAUUUUACUAUCGAUAGAUCUUCUAGUUCAACAUUGUUAAAUGAACAAGAACGUAUAUGUGCCAUGAUUGGUGUAAGUGAGCCUUCAUAUUCCAAUGAAAGUGAAAAUUAUCUAUCGAAUGAAAUGCAAACUUUAUUAAUGGAAAAAGGAAAAAUAAAAUAUGGUUCAGCUAAAACAUUAUAUAUAUCUGAUACGGAUAAACGUAAAUAUAUUAACUUGAGCGUCAAAAUCCUUUAUACAGACGAUUAUCAUCCAAAUCCAUAUGUUGGAUUAUUUCAAAGUCAAAAAAUAAAAGUUAUAUCAAAACCAUCAAAGAAAAAGCAAUCAAUUAAAAAUGGAGAAUCGGUAUGCAUUCAAUCGGGAACGAAAAUUGCUUUAUUUAAUCGUCUUCGAAGUCAAAAUGUUAGCACAAGAUUUUUACAUGUUGAUGAAAAUAAACAAUUUCAUGCCAGUGCACAUGAAUGGGGAUCAUUUUAUAUUCACUUAGUUGAUGAUGAUGAUGAUGAAUCAUCAAUUGAAUCGAACCAAUUUUUAGUUAAAGAAGGUUUUAUUCAAUAUGGUUCAACUAUUAAACUUGUUUGUGCAGUAACACACCAAUCAUUACCUUCUCUGAUUAUUCGAAAAGUUGAAAAAAAUCGCGUACUAAUCGAUUGUGAUGAACCAGUAUCUCAAUUACAUAAAUGUGCAUUUGAAUUUAAAAAUCAUCCAUCAAAUUAUAUUUAUCUAUCAUUAGUGAAUGAACGUAUUGUUGCCGUAGCAGGUAAAGUCUGUACAAAUGAACGUUUUCGUGUUGAUAUUAAUGAUGCUGCAUGUUGGACUAUAAUAUCAACUGAUAAAGCAGAAUAUACAUGGUUUGAAGCGAGAGGUCCCGUAUCAAGUCCUAUAACACCCGUUCCGAUUGCAAAAAAUAUGGUUAUUGAUGGUGGUGGCACAGCGGCAACCAUUGAGUUAACUGGAGAAAAUUUUACAUCGGGUUUAUCAGUAUGGUUUGGCGAAACUGAAUCACCAUGUACAGAAUAUCGAUCAAAUGAAACAAUUAUUGCUGAAGUUCCACAAUUUUCAUCUAUAAUACCGACAAUAUUGCGGACUAAACGAUCAAUAUCAACACCGAUUUCAUUUGUACGUCGCGAUGGUGUAAUUUAUUUAACAUCAUUGGUUUUUACUUAUACACCACAAUCAACAGGUGCUCAGAAAACAUCGAUAACAAAUGAUAUGUUGAGUCCAACAGCUGAAAAUGACUUAUGUGAAUAG